CAUCUUUGUAUAGCCUAGCCGGCAGAACCUACGUCACUUCCUCAAAUUAUAUCCAUUUGUUUGUAGCGAGCGCCAGCAGUUACCUGCUACUAUUAACACCAAAAAGAGCGUUUUGGUUUAACCUUAGAGCGUACGUGUAGGCGGAACCAGUUUUCGUUUUGUUUUAUGUAAACCCCCACUUAGAAAAAAAAUGCUAGCUUCAUAGCAGUUACCAAACGCUUUGGCGAGAGCAAAAGCAGGGCAACGUGCGUUCUCGGUCAAAAGUAGUUAGUCGGCUAAGGCUAGCCAGCUAGUUAGAUUAAUUGGCUAACUAUUGUUAGCUGCCCGUCCUUGUUCCGUUAGUAUUGUAUUGGCAGAGUUUCUUGCUUUUGCUAGCUGAUGGAGUGCCCUCAUCUGGGCUCUAGCGUAGGCUGUGCCACCGAUUCCCCCAGGUUCCCUAACGGUACUCCGUCCUCCUGGUGCUGUAAUGUUUGUAGGUCUAAUAAAAGUCCAUGGAUCUGCCUCACCUGUCUGAUGGUCCAUUGUGGGCGAUAUGUCAACGGACAUGCUAAGAAACACUUUGAAGACAGCCAAGGCCUUGGCUUUUGUCAGAAAAAGGGUGACAAGCAGGAAAAGGAUAAAAAUAUUCAUUCGGCCUGCAUGGACUGUUGUAACCUCAGUGUAUUUUGUUACAAAUGUGAUGAAUUUGUCGUCAACGACACCAAACUCGGGUAUGUUCAGAAGUUGAGGGAACAUCUUCAGAGAUUAGAAAAUGCGGUCCUUUUGGGUGACCGACAGAGGAAAAGAAAAUUCCAGGAAAGCCCAGCUGGGGAUGGGAAGUUGUUAAAAGACAAUGAUGAGUUGGCUUUAGGGGCAACUGGCUUGAGGAACCUGGGCAACACUUGCUUCAUGAAUGCCAUUUUGCAGUCCCUCAGCAACAUUGAGCAGUUCAGCUGUUAUUUCAAGGAGCUGCCUGCAGUGGCUCUACGCAGUGGUAAGACGGCAGGAAGAAGGAUGUACCACACUCGCAGCCAAGGGGACAGCAGUGUGUCGUUAGUGGAGGAGUUCAGGAAAACUCUUUGUUCCCUGUGGCAAGGAAACCAGACCGCCUUCAGUCCAGACUCCUUAUUUUACACCAUAUGGAAGAUCAUGCCAAGUUUCAGAGGCUAUCAGCAGCAGGAUGCUCAUGAGUUCAUGCGUUACCUGCUAGACCAUCUCCACAGGGAGCUCCAAUACAGCCGUAACGGGGCGUUUCACCCAGUCUCCCCUCAGGACAGGGAGAGACUUUCCUCCACUGAUGGGAAAUGCUGCAUAAAUGGGCCUGCCAGUGUCGUCACGUCUAUUUUUGGCGGCAUACUUCAGAACGAAGUCAACUGCCUGAUAUGUGGGACAGAGUCUCGGAAGUUCGAUCCGUUUCUUGAUCUGUCUUUAGACAUUCCCAGUCAGUUCAGACAAAAGAGAAGUAAGGACCAGGAGCCAGGCCUGACGUGUACUUUACGUGACUGCUUACGUAGCUUCACUGACCUGGAAGAACUUGAUGAAACAGAGCUGUAUUAUUGCCACAAGUGUAAAAAACGCCAGAAGUCAACUAAGAAGUUCUGGGUCCAGAAGCUGCCAAAACAGGUUUUGUGCCUGCAUCUGAAACGAUUCCACUGGACGGCGUUUUUGAGAAACAAGGUGGACACUUAUGUGGAGUUUCCUCUGAAGGGUCUAGACAUGAGGGGGUACUUACUGGAGCCGGAGAACUCAUUACCAGGGAGCUGCCUGUAUGAUCUCGUUGCUGUCGUGGUGCAUCACGGGUCUGGGGUUGGAUCAGGGCAUUAUACAGCAUACGGCAGCCAUGAGGGCCACUGGUACCACUUCAACGACAGCACGGUGACUCUGACCAAUGAAGACACAGUGAGGAAGGCCAAGGCCUACAUCCUCUUCUACGUGGUGAGGGUCGGUCAAGUGGACGCGGACGAGACCACCGACAGCAUGGCAGCGGAAACGCUGGAUGUGGACGCAGCAGCCAUGGACAGCGUUCAGUCAGAACAAGUUUCUCAGGACAGCGCCCCAGCUGAUGCCACAGAGACGGCUUUGAUGGAUGGGGCGCCCACACAAACGAACGCCGCGCAUGAAAAAUCCCUGAGAAACACAGCCGUUAAUACAGCGGAGGUAAACGAGGCAGACACCGUGUUAGAGGAGGUCGUGACAGUCAGAGAUACUGGAACAGAAGAAGUUCUCCAAUCUGUCCCACCUGCUGCACCGUGACUCUGUCAGGGCUUCAAACGAGCUUGUUGAUUCAUUUCUGUUCCACCUCAGUUACAUUUGUGAUGUCACAAGCUUGAUUAUUUAAGUGAUGACCUUUCCCAUUUAAUGUAUGCAUCUCUCCCGUUUAGGACACUUUGGAAAUCCUCAUGUUUGACUGGCUGCUUUAUUUUGUACGUGUCUUGGUUUUCUUUGUGUAUUUCUCCACUGAGAGAUGUCUGUGUGUGUGUAGUAGACUUCUUUAAAGUGAAGAUGUGUGUGAUGAGUGUCAUGGUGACACAAUUUGGCAUUUUAUUGUUUUCUGUAUAUUUCUUUUAAUUAUUUUCUAUUUCCCCCCUUUUUAACAUGUUGUAUAUUUCUGUUUUUCAGUCGUUCUGUGAUUUUAGUGUUUAUUUUCUGGAACAUUUGCUUAUUUGGGCUUUUAGAAAGCCAACAAAUUGUUUUAAAGAUCAGAGCAUCUCAAAAGCAUUCUGUCUGUGUUGGUGGUGAGCGAUCACUUCUUACAUUUCAAGUAAAAUUGACUGUUUUGGGACCCAAUGACUUUAAAAAUGUACCAGCCAAUGUGGCUGUAUGAGAAAACAAUGAAAACUUCCUGAUUCGUA